AUGACAAACAGCUUGUUGUUUAAAACAAGAAACCUGAAAGGACUACGUACUCUCAAUGGACAUAACAUUCAUCAUAGAUUUUCGAGGAAUAAUCAUCACUGGUCGAAGUACAGCUACGUGUGCGGGGCCUCGAAUGAUCCGCUCAGAGCUUAUACGAUAGGAGGAAUUUUCAAUGACGCCGUGCAACAGACUCCGGACCGAGAGUUCCUGGUCAGUCCACACGAGAACAGACGAUACACGUUUGCCGUCAUGGAUUCCGAGGUGGAUGAGCUUUGCAGGAGCUUUAAUUCUAUUGGCCUCAAGCAAGGCGACCGAGUAGGAAUAUGGAUGCCCAAUUACGCGUUUUACUAUUCGGUGAUUAUCGCCACUGCUCGCCUGGGACUGAUUUUGGUAAACAUCAAUCCAGCUUAUCAGAGCGACGAACUGAAACACAGCUUAACGCUGGCUGAAGUGAAGUGUUUGGUGAUUUUAGAGAAGUUCAAGACCCAAAACUAUCCAGAAAUAUUGGAGAAGGUCGAUCCGGACAUUUGGAAGCGACCGCCCAAUACGCCGGUUAAAUCGAAAAAGUUGCCCACGCUGGAAUCGAUUAUUUUUUAUUCCGAAAACUCAUUAAACGGUGCCUUUAAUUUACAAACGUUCUUGGACCUGGGAUCCAAUACAAAUUACAGUAUUCCUAAGGUUCAGCCAGACGAAGGAUGUAAUAUUCAGUUUACUUCAGGUACCACUGGCAAGCCAAAAGCAGCAUUGUUGAAUCACUUUGGACUAAUUAAUAACGCCUAUCAUAUUAUGAAGCGUUUAGGGAUCUAUGAUGAUGUCAACAAAGGUAAAUUACAUAAAUUCUGCUGUCCAAUGCCUCUAUUUCAUGCUUUUGCUUUAUCCAUUGCUGUCGUUGCACCUUUGGUUACCAAAUCAACAGUUUAUUUACCGGCGGCCCACUUCGAUCCGAAAGCUACGGUCGAUGUUCUUACGAAAGAAAAAUGUACAUUUAUAUUUGGUACGCCAACGGUACACGUGGACACCAUAUCCGCUUUCGAAAAACUUCCACCAGAACUACAAGAUAACGAUUUGAAAGUCGCAAUAACAGGUGGUGCCCCGUGUUCUCCGAUUUUGAUGUCCAAGUUCAAGAACAUGUUUCCACGCUCUAAAAUAUUGUCUGUGUUCGGAAUGACAGAAACCAGUAUCUGUUCGUUUCAAAAUUUCACAGACGAUUCAGAUGAACGAGUAAAGUCGACGAUGGGUUUCAUACAUGAUCACGUGGAGGCGAAAGUGAUCGAUACAAAUGGCGAUAUGGUACCGUUCGGGACUCCCGGAGAAUUGUUAAUUCGUGGAUACCUGACCAUGAACUGUUAUUUUAACGACGAAGAGAAGACAAAAGAAACGAUUGAUUCGAAUGGGUGGCUACACACUGGAGACCAAUUCGUUUUGUACGAAGACGGAUAUGGCAAUCACGUUGGCAGAUUAAAAGAAAUGAUUAUCCGCGGUGGAGAAAAUUUAUUUCCCAAAGAGAUAGAAUACUUUUUGGAGUCUCAUCCGUCAAUUUCUCAAGUUCAAGUAUACGGUAUACCCGACCAUCGGAUGGGCGAAGAAGUGUGUGCCAGCGUCAUGCUCAAAGAAGGGGCUAAGAUCACCGAAGCCGACAUAAAAGCGUACUGCAAAGGAAAGGUCGCCCAUUUCAAGAUCCCCAAACACAUAUUCAUCGAGAAGGACGAGUUCCCGAAGACGGCAUCAGCAAGUGCAGAAGUAUAG